AUGCCGUUCAUAGUCAAGCUUCGUGACAUAUUCUCGUACCCUAAAAAGAAAUGGAAAGAGCAUCGUAAUGCCGGAUCUGAAUCUGCCCUAUCGAGACACACCGAAAGCUGCAAUCCAUUAGGGACUACCGGUACUGAUACAUGUGACAAAAGGCCAACCGCCUGGAAUACCAUCAGAUCACUGAUAACCGUUAUUGAAUCGGGCGCCAACGCAAUUGGCUUACCAAUCAGCGGACUGAAAGCCUUCGUGGAUAGACUCGAGAGUGCUUGCGAAGAGCGUAAGGAGUAUGCGGAGUUAGCGGCGCAACUAAAUACAAUAUUGGAUGAGCUAGCCAAUCACAUGGAUCAACCGAUAGGCACUGAAAUGACAGGUAGCGUCAAGCGGAUCCACGCAGACAUUGAAGAUGAGAUCAAGAAAGUCACUGAGCGUCAAGAGAUAGCGAUGGGAAGACGACUGAUCAGUGCAAUGGAAGAGGCGAAUCAGAUAGUUGAUUGCUACCGCCGAAUCGAUGGCUAUAUGCAGCGCUUGACACUGAACGCAAACUUCAGCGUCCUCAAAGCGGCCAACGAACAAACAGUGUACGUCAAAAAACAAAGUAUGGAGUCACGAUUGAGGAACAUGUCACCCGCGAUGGCCGCAGUCUUCGACUCUGCAGAGUCUCACAACCUCAGACGAAGAUCGUGUGCACCAGGCACCCGGACCGCACAAAUAAAGCUACUGCUCGAUUGGGCUCAUGACCCGGAAGUCGGAAGGACAUGCUGGAUGAACGGCAUGGCAGGUACCGGCAAGACAACAAUCGCAUACAGCGUCUGCGAAAUGCUCAAGAACGACUACCAGCUCGCAGGCAGCUUCUUCUGCUCACGAACGAUCCCAGAGUGCCGGCAGGUCAAGUACAUCAUACCAUCCAUCGCCUACCAGCUGGCUCGGUUUUCCCUCCCUUUCCACGAAGAACUGGAUAAAACACUUGUGGCAGAUCCGGAUACGCAUACGCUAACACUGAAGACGCAAUACGAGAAAUUGAUCGUCGAACCUUUGUUGAAGUCUCAAAACACGUUUCCCACAAGCUUCAUCGUUGUGAUAGAUGCUUUGGACGAAUGUGAGAACGAGGAGAGCGUCGGCCAUGUCCUUGACUUGCUCCUGUCCACCGAAUAUACCCUACCUGUGAGGUAUAUUGUCUCAAGCCGACCGGAGAAAGAGAUUACUCGACGCAUGGAAAAACGCGGCGAUGCAAACGACGACCCACGGCUGGUGCUGUACGAGCUAGAUGUGAGCUCCGCGGGCUCAGAUAUUGACUUAUAUAUGCGGUAUGAACUGCAAGGCGUUCCGCUCACCAACGAUCAAAUUUCAGAAAUAGUCGAACGCUGCGGGUCGUUCUUUAUCUAUGCGUCUACUGCCUGCCGAUACAUCAAACAAGCAUACGAGAUCGACGAAGUGAACGAUGCCUUGGGCGUACUCAUGGACUCGACUGUGAUCCCGAUGGAGCAAGAUGACAAGAACGUGAUCGACCACUUGUAUACGACCAUACUAGCUACAGCCUUCCGCAAGUCGGAAAUGAUCUAG